GGGUUUGAUUGAUGAUAUCAGAGAGGAACAAAGAAGACGAUUACAGGUGAGAGACGGACCGAUCGUGUAAUUUGUUGAUUACUAAUUCUCUCCGUCUUAUCUUCUUUUGAUUUCGAUUUCCCCCUCCGGUAAUGGAUAAAGGUGGAUGCGAUAAAUGCUUAUCAGACUCUUCUUCACUAGCUACCACCACUUGCGGCCACAAAUUCUGCGUGAAUUGUAUCUUGUACUUGUGGACUCGGAAGAAGAAUGUUACAGAACCUUGUAUAUGUCCUGUUGAUGGAGAUAAAAUGACAUGGUUACGUCCUUGUAUGCUUCCCGCCCCUGAAGAGAUUAGGUCCAUUGUCUCCCUGUACAACCGUUUCUUCCAGCCAAAGGUGGCUACUCCGGAUAUGCCGCGGAAACAACUUGUGGUUUUCAUGGCACAGCUCUUCAAGGUUCAUAUAGCUCUUUUGCUCGCCGGAACUUUUGCUUACGCCAUCAAGUUUUCCUAGUCAUGCCUUUGAUUUGUACUACCAACGGAGUGCUCUCUCAUGUUUAAUCUAAGUCUCUCUCUCCAUUUUAGACUCUUCUGUAGUAUAUAUGUCUACUUUCUUGACUUGUUUGAUACUUGUUCUUGGUUGACAUUUGGCUUGUUUAUACUUCGUUUAAGUAUCUAUUUAGGAUGUCUUUUGAAUCUAGUAUUUUAUAUGA